AUGUCUGAUUUACAAAAAUCAUUUUUGAAAAGAUUGAAACAAAGAGAAGCAUCAUUGGGACUAUCGCUGUUAUCAGAGGAUCCAAUUGAAUCAACUGGACUAAACAAUCAAACAAGUCGAGAUGAAAUAAUAAAUCAAGACAAGAAAAUAGUCAAUCAAUAUAACACUGUCAAAUCAAAUUUUGAAAAUUUCAUAUAUAAAGAUGAUAAUCGAUAUUUUAAAUGUUAUUAUAGACCUGUUAAAGAGAAAGGACCGGUAUUGGUUUGUUUACAUGGAGCUGGUUCUUCAUCUAUGACAUUCGCUAGGUUAACAGAACAUAUUGAAUUUAGUGUUUUUUUAUUUGAUAUGAGAGGACAUGGUGAAUCAUUUUUUGAUGAGGAUUUUUCAAUGAAUAGUUUAGUUGAUGACGUACGUUUUGUUUUGAAUGAAUUUGUGGAAUCAUAUAAACCAAGUUCUAUAUUCAUGCUAGGGCAUUCAUUGGGAGGUGCCGUAUUUGCAAACUACUUACAGAAAUAUCAAACAGAGAAGCUUUAUCAAGGUUUGAUACUAUUGGAUAUUGUUGAAGAAACGGCAGUGUCAUCUUUAAUUGUUAUGCCUCAAUUUAUUGAAAAGAUACCAAAAAAAUUUGAUUCACUAACGUCAGCUAUUCAAUGGCAUAUGAACUUCUUGUUAUUCAAUGAAAAUUCUGCUGAGGUCAGUGUUCCUGAUUUACUAAAUUUAGACGAAUUGACCUGGAAAACAGAUUUAAAAAGAACUCAAUAUUAUUGGGAUACUUGGUUUCAUGGAUUAUCUAAAAAUUUCUUGAAUUUCAAAGGUGCAAAACUAUUAAUACUAUCUGCUCAUGAAACUUUAGAUAAAGAAUUAAUAAUUGGACAAAUGCAAGGGAAAUAUCAAUUAGUUGUAUUUAAUAAUAAUCAAAAAAGUGGUCAUUUUGUACAUGAAGAUAUACCGAAACAAGUUGCCAUAUGUAUAAAUGAUUUCAUUAAAAAGACGAUUGCACCAGAGAAAUAUAUGAAAGAAGAUUUAGGAUUCAAACCUAAAUGGGGUGGUAAAAUAAAUUCAUAA